GAGGCAACAGAGCCGAAAAAACCCAAUGCGCACACCCUUCCGACCCAGCGCUACCCCCGACGCGCACUCCGUCGAUCACCUGCCGCGCGCCUCCUCGCCCGACGCCAACCCUCUCCUUCACCGGCUCCUCCCCGCGUGCACCACCCUCCCCUCGCUCCGCGCCCUCCAUGCACGCCUGCUCGCACACGGCCUCCUCCGCGGCCUCCGCGCUCACACCAAGCUGCUCAGCUGCUACGCCGCGCUCGGCGACCUCGCCUCCGCGCGCAGGGUGCUCGAUGAAACCCCCCACCCGGACGCCUACACCUACAAGGUCGCGCUCGGGUGGCACGCCGCCGCGGGGCGCCACGCGGAGGCCGUCGCGGUCCACCGGGACAUGCGGCGGCGGUGCCCCGCGGAGCAGGAGGACGUCGUCGUGUUGUCCCUCGCGCUCAAGGCCGCUGUCAGAUCGGCAGACUUCGGCUAUGGCAGGCGGCUGCAUUGUGACGUCGUCAAGGCCGGCGGUGGAGAUUUGUUUGUGAUGAACAAUUUGGUUGACAUGUAUGCCAAAGGUGGCGAUUUGAAGAACGCCAGGAAGGUGUUCGACAGGAUUCCUGACCGGAACGUAGUGUCAUGGACAUCCAUGCUGAGCGGGUGCCUGCAGAAUGGUUUGGCCAAAGAAGGACUGGUGCUUUUCAAUGAGAUGAGGCAAGAAAGUAUUCUGCCAAGUGAGUACACAAUGGCGAGCGUGCUCAUGGCUUGCACCAUGCUGGGUAGUUUACACCAAGGGAGGCUGAUUCAUGGGUCAGUGAUGAAACAUGGCUUGGUCUCUAACCAUUUCAUAACUGCAGCUAUGCUGGAUAUGUAUGUCAAGUGUGGAGAGGCAGAGGAUGCUCGGCAGGUAUUUGAUGAGCUCAGUUUCGUAGACCUUGUUCUGUGGACGACAAUGAUAGUGGGGUAUACGCAGAAUGGGAGUCCUCUCGACGCACUACUUCUGUUUGUUGACGACAAAUUUAUGCGCAUUGUUCCUAAUUCAGUAACCAUAGCAACUGUUCUUUCAGCUUCUGCUCAGUUACGCAACUUGUCUCUGGGAAGGUCAAUUCAUGGGAUAUCAGUUAAGUUAGGUGCAGUUGAAAACGACGUGGUGAUGAAUGCACUUGUCGAUAUGUAUGCGAAGUGUAAAGCACUGUCAGACGCCAAAGGCAUAUUUGGAAGAGUUUUGAACAAGGAUGUUGUCACAUGGAAUUCAUUGAUCGCUGGCUAUGCCGAGAAUGACAUGGGCAGUGAUGCUCUGAUGCUAUUCAGUCACAUGAGGGUGCAGGGUUCUUUGCCUGAUGCCAUCUCUGUGGUAAACGCCUUGUCAGCUUGUGUUUGUUUGGGUGAUCUACUUAUUGGUAAAUGUUUCCAUACUUAUGCUGUCAAGCACGCAUUUAUGUCCAACAUUUAUGUCAACACUGCUCUGCUGAAUCUGUACAACAAGUGUGCUGAUCUCCCAUCUGCUCAGAGGGUGUUCAGUGAAAUGAAUGACCGUAAUACUGUCACUUGGGGUGCUAUGAUUGGCGGUUAUGGUAUGCAGGGUGAUUCUGCUGGCUCUAUUGAUCUUUUCAAUGAAAUGCUGAAGGACAAUAUCCAACCAAAUGAAGCAGUAUUCACAAGUAUCCUUUCGACUUGUAGUCACACUGGAAUGGUUACUGUAGGGAAGAAGUGUUUCGAAAGCAUGGCACACUAUUUCAACAUCACUCCCUCCAUGAAGCAUUAUGCAUGUAUGGUUGAUGUGCUCGCCCGUGCUGGAAAUCUGGAGGAAGCAUUGGAGUUCAUACAGAAGAUGCCAAUGCAAGCAGACACUAGUAUCUGGCAAGCUUUUCUCCAUGGGUGCAAGCUCCAUUCCAGGUUAGAAUUUGCAGAAGAGGCUGUCAAUCGGAUGAUGGUUCUUCAUCCUGACACACCAGAUUUUUGUGUGAUGAUGUCUAACUUGUAUACCUCCUAUGGGAGGUGGGAUAAGUCUCUUGCUAUCAGGAAGUUGAUGAAGGAAAGAGGACUAGUCAAGCUGCCCGGGUGCAGCUCUGUGGGACUUGAAAAUGGAUGAAUCAAAUCCUCUCUGAAGUAUGAACACAAAAGGUCACAGAGUUAUAUUAUAUUUUCAGACCUGAUCAGUCCAUAUCAAGCUAUUUUUUAUUCAGGAAAAUUCCUCUUAAAUUUGUAUGUCAUGGGUACACAAAAUUGUGUGGCAGGGGAAUAGAAAGUCCAGAAAAUAAUAAAUUAAAUGUGCACAGAGAGUAUGGUGGCAAGAAGGCCAAAGAAGCAAAACAAGGAUGGAGUAGUUGUAAUUGCUGUGUCGAGUGUGCUGUCUGGUUCCUGGGAAUCAGGUAGCUCAGAUGUUGGAAUGAAGCCUGAGAAAGGGAGGUUAAUGGGUAAGCUCGGUUUUGGGAACGAAACCUAAGAGAUAAGGAACCGAGUAAGUGGUUGUCAACUUGUCACAGCACUCUACUCUUUAGUUCGCAAGGUUGUUCAUGUUGAAGCUACAUUGUGACAUUAGAUAUUCAGACUGCGUUGAGCCGUUUUUGUCAAAACCAAUGUUUAUGUUCAUCUGCUGCUGGCUGCAAUCUCAAUGCUAUAGCAACAUCAACACCUCUAGUAGUUGCAUUUGCAUGGAGGUUGGGCUCAUCUGAGCUCAUGAAUAACCUUUGUUUGCCCUGAGCACAGGCCAAAUUGUCCCACCUAUAUCCUGAAUGACAUCUAGGUUCUGACCGCGAGAGGCCAAGAACUAAGCAGGAAGAACACAAUUCCCUUGUGGGAAAUGGCAGGCAUCUGCUGAAGAUAUUGCCAUGACUAGAGACAAAGCAGCCCUCGCUGAUACACUGCAGUUCUUUCAGCAUUUUGGGAAUAAAGAGCUACCCCAGUAACUUUCCUUGAGAAUGCAUGGUGUAGAAGUAAUAAAAUGUUAUAGGGAAAGCAAGCAAUAAAGAUUGUGUUUGCUUCUAGCAAUUCUGGGCAACAUUUUUAACCAUAUUUUCUUGUGCAGAAGUCAUAAUUUAUUCUGUAGCCCACAUCUUACGCCAAUUGGCAAUCUGAUACAA